CCCAGAUCGGCAUCAGUCAACGGAGGUUCAAUGCUGCAGUCUUUCUUGAUCUCCGCCGCCUUAUCCAGAAGGUCCUGGACUAAUUGCUGGUAGACCUUCACCGCCACGAUAUCUUCUACUGGCAUGAUCAUUUGGAUAGAACGAGGGCGGCAAUUAAAUUACCUUGUGAUUUGCCGUGUAUCUGAAAGAGGUUGGUAUAAAUCUCUUUCUUGAAGCUAUUUGGCGGCUUGACGUUGUUCCUUUGAUGCUCUGGGGGUGACAAAUCGUGCACGGACGUUUUCUGCACGUCUUGAAACCGCUUUUUUGUUUUGGCGGCGUCGGACUGUUGUCCUUGAAGCGCAUUCCGUCAAGACGACAGCAAUGGGACUCCAGAUGCGUCCAGCAAUGGCGCAGAGCUUCGACACCCGCCCGACGGUGAAUGACCUCCAGGAGGAUAACCGGUGGGUGAAUCUGGCUAGGGCCCACUGGUUGAAGCUGUCGAAAGCUCCGAAGGCAAAGCCUGAGGUUAUCAAGAAUGAUCUAUGGGAUGGACUGGUGUCGGAAAAGUUCGCUGUUCGUUCUCUUCUGAUAUUGGAAAAUCUUCAUGUGCUGGAAAAGUUCCUUUGGCCAACAUACUCCGAAGAUUCCUCCAACUACCAUGUCCUGCUCAUAGCCGUGAUUGCUGGAAUUAAACAGAGGGAGCACUUGCCAAUAUGGGAGCAUUUCAUGGAGAGACCGACAGACUUCACGACCCUUUUCCGCCGUAUCCUUGCUAUGAACCUUGAUACAACAUUACCAACAAAGUCCAAGAUCUAUCUCCUAUCAUUCGUUAUCAGCGCUUUUCAAUCGCUGGAGAAUGCGCUUAUUCGCAAAGAAUGCGCUCCGCUGGUUACGAUAUCGAUUUGGCACAACCUUCACAAUGAUGCUUCUAGGAACAAGCUCCUGGAACAAACGGAUACUUUGAAACGGGGAUGGCGAAUAGCUGCGAAGCGGUAUGAGAAGGCUGACGAUGCUGGAAAGGCAAAGCUCCGAUUUGAUCGUUCUUGGUUAUAUUCGAUGCUGCUCGAUUUCCUUCAACGAAUCAACAUGGCUGAUGGCAGCGAUCCGGACAAUGUACGAUAUUGCGAGCGAUUUAUGGAGUUCCUUGUCGAUCUGGACAGCCAGCUUCCCACGAGGCGAUACUUCAAUUCCCUCCUAAAGGAUCUCAACCUCCUUGCAGUAAUCCGAGUAUCAAAGCUUUACAACGAGGAACCGAAUGCGCUUUUCCGUGAUUUCUACACUCUCCUCAGGCAUUUCAUCAACUUUGCGGUAGACGAUCAGUCGGGCCAGCACCUUUCUCCUCAAGCUGUUUAUGACGUUCACUGUAGGGAGUUGGCUCAUCUUCAAAGAACAGCAAUUAAGCAUUUCAAAGACAAACUCACCAUUUUAGCAUUAUCAAACUACGGUUCGAUCGAACAACGGCCUGAAUUAGAGUCACACUUGUCCGCCUUGACUGAUGAAGAAUUAGAGACCCUUUGUUCCUACCUUGGUUUUAGAAUAAGCUAUCCUAAGCAAUCCAAUAUUAUUCCCGAUCGCCAACUAAUUCUUGAAAUUAUACUCUCGGCUUUCGAGCGCCAUCGUUCAUUCCAAGAGUCCGCAUCACAGCUGGCCGUCAUGCCCACGGAAUCAAACUUGUACGACCCUGCUUUGAUCCGCAAUGAAUCCUAUGAUGGCUCUCGGCCAUUGGCCAUUCCAAAAUUAAAUUUACAGUAUUUGAGUCUUGGCGAUUUCUUAUGGCGAUCGUUUUUGCUUUAUCGUUCUGAGGCUUUUUUUGAGAUCCGAAAGGACCUUGAAUCAGUACUCAAGCGAUUACAGCCACUCUUUCAGAGAAAUACCGGGACUGUGUCAUUUGAAGGGUUCUCAAGAAUGGCAAUACCAAUUGCAAAACCGGCGAUCGUUGAAGUUGCACCAGCAAAAGUUGGAUCAACUAACCCUGCAUACGUCCGUGCCGAAAUUGGACUGGACGUCAGCCGUCUCGGUGAUAAUGUUCGAAGAGAAUGGGAAUCGCUUCGGCCUGACGACGUCGUUUUCCUUCUUGCGUUGCAGCCUAAGAAAUCGGUAAAGCAGAUAUUUAGCAACAGCCGGGAUCCAAAAGAUGAAGUGAGCUUGUUACAUGUCCGCACUGCGGAAGUUGUACAAGUUCUCGACGAGCACGGACGAUUUUUGAGGGAACCUCAAACCGAGGAAACGAAUGGAUACAGGCCGCGGCCGCGACUUCGAAGAUUACUUGUGAAUAUCGAUGCAGCGUCGUAUAAAGCCGACAUGGAAACUCUUGCGAAAGGGAAACCCGACGUCUACACAUCUAUCAAUGUAAUUGUUAGGCGAAGCGCCAGAGAAAACAAUUUUAAGCCAAUUCUAGAAACCAUGCAGUGCCUAACGGUCGCGGACACCAAUCUGCCUCCGUGGAUACAGGAGGUUUUCUUAGGCUACGGAGACCCGGCUAGCGCCAGAUAUACAGAACUGAGCAAUAAAGUAAAAUCUGUCGAUUUCCGUGAUACGUUCCUAAAUUGGGACCACCUUGUCGAAAGUUUCCCAAACCAGACAAUUGUACCAGAUGACGGCGCGGCCUCUCGCUUUGAUCCACCAUAUGUCUUGGAGAUGUUCGAGGAGAAUCCCAGGGCGACAAGCUCGAACGCAUCAAAGAAGAGACGACGAGAUCAGGUUGAAGUUGCUGAGAAGACCCCCAGCUCGAUACGUGUUUCCUCAUACCGUCCACCUAAUCCAGGACCUUAUCCGGUUGAUGCUCCGAAACUCAACAAGAUUCGAUUUACACCAGCCCAGGUCGAGGCCAUUGUGUCCGGUACCCAACCUGGCAUGACUAUUAUUGUUGGACCCCCAGGAACAGGAAAAACUGACGUUGCAACUCAGAUUAUAAGCAAUAUUUACCAUAACUUCCCCAAUGAGCGGACAUUACUCAUCGCCCACAGUAACCAAGCCCUAAACCAACUUUUCCAAAAAAUUAUGGCCUUAGACAUCGAUCAACGCCAUCUCUUGCGGUUGGGUCGAGGAGAGGAGGAGUUGAACACUGAGGAAAGCUAUAGUAAAUACGGUAGAGUGGAUACUUUCCUGGAGAACCGUGGUAGCUACCUUGCCGAAGUAGAUCGUCUGGCGGCUUCAAUCGGAGUGGAGGGCGCUCAUGGGAACUCUUGCGAGACGGCAGGCUAUUUCAACACCGUAUACAUUCGACCGGCGUGGAAGAAAUACUGGGAUACAGUUCAGGCCGAAGACUGUCCUCGCGAAACCGUUAUCGAAGCUUUCCCUUUCCAUUCAUUUUUCUCGAAUACCCCAAAACCGCUGUUUGAUCCAAAUUCGUCAAAAGAAGAGCUGCUCGACGUCGUUUCCGGAUGUCAAAGGCAUAUGGACAAAUUAUUUUCCGAGCUUGAGGAUAUCCGUCCGUUCGAGAUUCUCAGAUUCCAGCGCGAUAAAGCCAACUAUCUUCUAGUAAAAGAGGCUCGAAUAAUUGCCAUGACUUCGACCCAUGCGGCUAUGAGGAGACAAGAAAUUGCCAACCUUGGAUUCCAAUAUGAUAAUGUUGUAAUGGAGGAGGCAGCACAAGUCACAGAGAUCGAAAGUUUUAUCCCUUGUGCGCUACAGAACACUAAAAACGGGGAAUUGCCAUUGAAACGAGUAGUACUUUGCGGCGAUCAUCUCCAAAACUCCCCCAUAAUUCAGAACAUGGCUUUCCGGCAAUACGCGAACUUUGAGCAAACACUCUUCUUACGCCUUGUAAGGUUGGGUGUACCGACAAUAAAUCUAGAUCAACAGGGUCGAUCACGUCCGUCAAUUGCAGAACUUUUCAGAUGGAGAUACCCACAACUACGAAAUUUGCCGGCUGUAGAAACGAACGAAGAGUUCAAACUCGCCAAUCCCGGCUUCAAAUUUGACUACCAAUUUAUCAACGUUCCAGAUUAUCAGGGAGUCGGCGAAAGAGAACCCUCAGCCCAUUUCAUUCAAAAUCUUGGCGAGGCAGAGUAUACUGUUGCUAUAUAUCAGUAUAUGCGUCUCCUUGGCUAUCCAGCAUCGAAGAUAUCAAUCCUGACAACGUAUACGGGACAAAGAGCGUUGAUCAAGGAUGUUCUGAACCAUCGAUGCGCCAAGAACUCUCUAUUCGGCUUACCAAAGAUCGUAACGACGGUAGACAAGUAUCAAGGGGAGCAAAACGACUACGUUAUCCUCUCCCUCACACGCACACGAACCGUCGGCUACUUGCGUGAUGUGCGCCGUCUUACCGUCGCCCUCUCCCGUGCCCGGUUAGGCCUCUACAUCCUCGGCCGCCGCGAAGUCUUUGAAUCAUGCUUCGAACUCAAACCAGCAUUUGACAUACUCCUCCAGAGGCCCGAUAAGCUCAUGCUUGUUCCCGGCGAGCUCUUCCCGACUUCAAGAACUCUAGCGGAAGAUGCUGUCACUGGUACGCCAAUGGAGGGAAUGGAGCACCUGGGCCAGUAUGUGUAUGAGAUGACCCAGGCGAAGAUUAAGGCGUUAGCGGAGGAGGGGAAGGCAGCGGUCGCUCCUGUGGAUGCCGAUGAGGUUAUGGCCACCAUUGGUGAAGAAGGAAAGGAUGAGGAGGCUGAUGAUGAAGAGCGUUUUGUACAGCCGGAGAGUAUUCUUGAUUAAGAUCUGAAAAAAAGCCUGGUUCCUUCUUGGAGGUUUUCCUCCUUUCUUUUUUGUUCACUUGGUUGUGACUGGGUAUCGUUGUAACAGGAGUUUUCGCUUCGUUUCUUUUUUAUGAUGGUUGAAAUAUAUUUGCCUCUCCGUUUUUACCUGGAAUCAAUGCUGGGAUAGGACUGGGCUCUAUGAAUUUACCGCUGAACUUAGCCUAAUUUAUUCCUGGCGUUUUCCGCGCCUACCACUUUUGACCUUUAUGUAUCUUGACUGUAUGGUUAUAUUUAUACUGUUCCAGCAUCUUACUCGGAUGUUACGCAAUGAUUUUCACGCUUAAAUGUCAUUCCUCUAAUAUCUGGUUGAGCACCGGCUUGCCCCAUUCCUUUCAAGGCCUGAAGUUAUUGUUUAAUUCGGAGUUUUAAGUGUAGAACUUCGUCGUAUGUGCCAUUUAGCUUGGGUUUUCUAACAAUGUCUUUCUCUAUGUACAGCACAAGGUUGCUAUGAUCUUAUACAAUCUAUUUAAUACAACGGGAAAGAGCUGUGUGCCGUUCGGACACUACUACAAGGCAUUAUGGGCUUUCUUUGAAGUAACUGUAAUGAGCUACUGCCCCGGUCAGCUUCCAACUCGUCUAGUCCUAUCUAUCCACUACGGCCUUGGGGGAACUUAUAACUUCAGACUUGGUAGCAUACGUCGCGGCUUUCUCAAGAUUUCGCCUCCGCCCCAUUUUCCGCCUUCAGUUGAUCAACAAUAUUUUUCGGGUCCUUGUAUGCAAGAGCAACGAACCUAUACCCUU